UAUUAUAUAUAUAUAUAUAUAUACACACAUACACACACACAUAGAGGGAGGAGACGCAGACCAGAGAGGAGCAAAACGAGGAGACACCACCAUGUCGGUAGCCUUUGCUACUCCGCGUCAACGCGGGAAAGGUGAAAUUACACCUGCGGCUAUUCAGAAGAUACUUGAUGAAAACAAUCAGCUUAUCCAGUGUAUCAUGGACUACCAGAGCAAAGGAAAAAGUGCUGAAUGCUCACAGUACCAACAUAUGCUGCAUAAAAAUUUGGUGUUUCUGGCAACGAUAGCAGACUCGAAUCAGAAUAUGCAGUCGCUGUUACCUGCUCCUCCCACACAGAACAUGCCCAUGGGAUCAGGAGGAAUGAAUCAGAGUGGAGUGCCUCAGCUCCCUCAUUCGCACACCAUGUCCUCAGAGAGCAUGGUAGGAGGAGGCGGAGUGCCUGGACCACACAUGCAGAGCCAGAUGAAUGGGCAGAUGCCUGGACCGAACCACAUGCCAAUGCAGGGGCCAGGCCAGCCAAACAUGGUGAAUGUUUCAGUGAACAUGCCCACGAGUAGCCACGGUUCCAUGGUUUAUAACCACUCGAUGCAGUCUUCGCAGGGCAUGCCUGUACAAAACCAGUUGAACAUGAACCAAGCACAGCCUAUGGGUAACUAUGGCCCCCGACCAAACAUGAACAUGCAGCCAAGCCAAGGUCCCAUGAUGCAUCAACAGCCACCAGCAUCACAGUACAACAUGCCACAAGGAGCAGGUCAACAUUAUCAAAGCCAGCCUCCCAUGGCAAUGAUGGGUCAGGUUAGCCAGGGGAAUCAUAUGAUUGGGCAAAGACAGAUGCCACCAUAUAGGCCACCGCAGCAAGGUCCUCCACAACAAUAUGCAGGGCAGGAAGAUUACUACAGUGAUCAGUACAGUCACGGACAGGGUCCCCCAGAAAGCAUGAACCAGCAGUAUUAUUCUGAUGGUCAUAAUGAUUACGGUUAUCAUCAACCAGCGUAUCCUGAACAAGGCUAUGAUAGGCCUUAUGAGGAUUCCUCACAACAUUACUACGAAGGAGGUAAUGCGCAGUACGGCCAACAGCAAGAUGCGUAUCAGCAAGGACCUCCACAGCAACAGGGUUAUCCACAGCAACAGUACCCAGCUCAGCAGGGGUAUCCAGCACAGCAGCAGGGUUAUGGUCCUUCACCAGGUGCUCCAAGUCAGUAUCCCAACUAUCCACAAGGUCAAGGUCAGCAGUAUGGAGGAUAUCGACCACCUCAGCCAGGACCACCACAAGCUCAACAGAGGCCUUACGGCUAUGACCAGGCCCAAUACGGAAACUACCAGCAGUGAGUCCAGUCUGCGAUUCGGUUGCAUUCCAAUAGCCUGACAUGUAGUAGCAGCCAUGUUGUUAUCCUCAGCACUGAAACAUCCCGUGACAUAAAUCCAAUGCUUCAUCUCAACAUGAUUCCUUUUGAGAGGGACAAACCUUCUGAUGUCUGGGUGGCUGCUGCUCCGCAAACAUACAAAACCAAGGGCAGAGUCUGGCUCAGAUGGUGUUUUUUUAAUAUGUCAUCAUGAGGGGUGGGGGUGGGAGGGAGGGAGGGAGUAGGAGGAGGCGGUGGGUGGGUGGGAUGGGUGUGACUGAAGGUCAACCUAAGGCAGUGAUUAGCAUUGAGCUGCCCUUGUGCACAAUUGUGCAGAGUCAAACAGUUGCCGAAUAUCAGAGACGAAACUUGCCAAGUUCCAUCUAAGUGUUCAUCCAAUUUGUAGAAACGUGCUAUAUUGUAAGAUUUCCUGUGUAUCAUCAUUGCAGCAUACAAGAUUGGAGGGGGGUGGGGGGGAGGGAAUGAAGUGGAGUGGGAGGGGUUGGGGAUUAUUAUGGGAGUUCAAAUGUUUUCUGCUUCAACAAAACUAAGAGUAUUACUCUUUUUGUAAAAUAGCAAUACUUUGCAGUAUUUUUUAUAUAUUGAUUUAUUUAAAUAAAGCCCGAAUUCACUUUGACGUGAACGCAACCGAAAUAAAAGUAUAAAAAAAAGUGGUUUUUUUCGUUUGUUCGGAAAACAGUGAUACUUUUGGUUUUGACCAAAUGAGGGGGUGGGGGGAAAAAUGAGAGAAACAGAGAGAGGAAAAACAAGCGAUCAACAAGGGUCACAAAUCUGCUUUGGUUAACUCAGUAUAAGAUUAUAUGAGGGCAUCAGAAAUCUGAGCUCGCUCUACAUCCCUUACCAGUGAACAAGCUAUAACUUGGGGGCUCUCCCAGAAGGAAAACUAGUACAAAGAAAAAUAAGUGGGGGAAAAAAACAAAAAUAAUGGGUCAAACAUUGUCAGUGUACAAAUGUGUUUUAGGCUUUGGUAACAAUGACGAUUUUUGUAUAGUAAGUGUCGAAACUUUAGGAUAGAUGGACUUGCUAGCUUAUGUCUUGCUUUUACUUUCUUAUCUUACUGGGAACGGUAGUGUUUAGAAGAGUGGUGACUAUUUUUUGAUGAGAACCAGUUUUUAAAUGUCAAAACACAAAACCAAGUAACUUUUAAAAACAACGCCCUUCUGAUUCAGGAGUAUUUGGAGGGAGGGGGGAGUGGGAGGCUGGAGGUGAGAGUAAGGACGGGGGCUCAGUGGGGGAGGGGGCUAACAGGCAGUCAAUCAACUACGAUCACAGUAUGCGCAGAGUGGCAAAGCAUAAACAGUAUUACAGUAGCUAUAAUAGCCAACCACUUGUAGGUUCUGUGCCAACCUCCUCCACUGGGUAUUCCAUUGCUAUUUAAAUCUGUACAUCACUGGAUCUUAACAAUAAAUUAUUGUGAUUUUAACAUG